AAGUGUGUUUGUUUUAUGAUUCUGUUCUUCCAUCGUGCUUUCUCAGAAACUUUUCGGUUGGUUGGUCCAGAUGUUCCUCUAUAUGCAGUUACUGGUUCUGAUCUUGUUCUGCCUUGUUUCAUUGAACCCAAAACCAGUGCAGUGGACAUGAGAGUGGAGUGGUUCAGACCAGACACAAAAAACUUACUAGUACAUCUUUAUAAAGAUCACACAGUAAUUAAUUCAGGGCAAAUUCCAUCUUACAUAGGGAGAACAACUUUAUCUGAUAAGAAGCUGGAAAAAGGAGACGCCUCACUGCUGUUAGCUAAUGUUCAAGUUUCUGAUGAGGGGAAAUACAAAUGUUACAUUGCUGCUGAAACCUGGUAUGAUGAUUUCACUGUUCAAGUGAAAGUUGAAGCUGUUGGAACAGAGCCACUGAUAACUCUGGAGAGCUUUGAUCAUUCAGGAGGAUUCAGUCUAAUGUGUGAAUCUAAAAACUGGAGGCCUGAGCCAGAGGUUCUGUGGCUGGGUGAUGAGGGAAUCAACCUGAGUGGUGGAGUAACAGAAACACACAGAGACGGAGAAUUCUUUAGUGUUCAACGACGUAUCACUGUACUCAACGGUGAUGCAGGCAAGUUCUACUGCAGAGUCCAACAGAGACAUCACAUGAAGGAGACCGAGUUCAUCAUCUCUAAUCAGAUUUUCUCAGCAUGGAAAACUGCUGUCAUCAUUGUUUCAGUUGGAAGUUUGAUCAUGAUCAUAGGAAUUGGGUUUGUAGUUUUCAUGAGUUGGAAAGUUAAAAGAUGGAGAAAGGAGUACGCUGAGAAAGUUACACGGUGGAGAGAGAAAGAUGCUAAGAAAGUGCUUGAAGUCCAAACAUCCCUAGAAAAGCCUGGUUAUAAUCGUCUACAUGGAGUCGAUUUUUCUCCUGUUCAGUGGGCAGCGGUGGUGGUUGCUUUAUGUAACUCAGAUAAGGAAGAGUUUACUCUGGAAGAAUACAUGUCAUCAGAUGAAGGGGUUCGAAGACUGCUGCCAGUGAUUCAAUCAACAAAAAAAGCUAUGUUGUGGGAUUGUAAUCUAACAGAGGAAAGUUGUGAAGUUCUGUCCUCAGUUCUCAGUUUAAACUCCUCCAGUCUGACACAUCUGUAUCUGAGUUACAAUAAACUGAAGGAUUCAGGAGUGAAGCUGCUCUCUGCUGGACUGAAGAAUCCACACUGUAAACUGGAGAUACUUUGGUAAGAUCUUCACUUUCACACUGUAGAUACAGAAGAUCUGUUUCAGUUUGAAGCAUCAUUUUAA